AUGUCAUCUGCUUCUGACUGGUUUGAAUCGUGGGAUUCGCAAGAACUUUACCAGGAAACAGUCAAGGCAUCCACUACCUGUGCGCCCUCAUCUCCUAUAAAGGAACAGGGGAUUGUAUGUGGUCCUGUUCUUCGUCUCAGGUACGUUGAUUACAAGGCAGAUUUAUACCAUGGUUCCAUUUUAAUUGUUACAAGAAAUGGGAGCAAGGACAGUGCCCCCAAGAUAGCAUACGUGACUGGGCCAUCUUAUCCCGGUGCUGCCAAUUUAAACUUAAAACACGGUGAAUUUGAACCAACUAUGUUUUAUUCAGAAACCUUUAGCAACAGUGAAAUCCACAUGUUCAGAUACAAUGUGACAUUGCCAUUGAGUGAAUACGAACAAACGGUUAAAUAUACUGUCAAUGGUGAUGCUGAGAUGCAUUACAGAUUCUUCAUCCCUUCUAGGGACACCAACUUCAACGUUAUUUCUUACUCUUGUAAUGGAUUUUCUGUUUCUACGGAUACCACGACAUUUAAGGGAUCUAUGUGGUUUGACAUUAUAAAAAAACAUUCUGGUGUUCACUACAACGUUAUGUUAGGAGGUGGUGAUCAAAUUUAUUCUGAUGGGAUUAGUCUUUUCUCUGACAAAGUUAGGCAAUGGGUAGAAACGAAGGAUCCUCUGAAGAAGCGUAAUAUGGUAGCUGAUGAUACAUUUAAGCAGGAUUUAAAUCAUUUUUACAUGAGGGAAUAUUUGGAGUGGUACGGUUAUGGUCAUUGGAAGGGCAGCACUGAAAAUUCAAAGACCACUCAGAAAUGUUUCCCAAUUGCGUUAGCUACAAUCCCAUCCAUUAACAUUUGGGAUGAUCAUGAUACAAUUGACGGAUGGGGGUCUUAUUCAGAUUCAUUAAUGAAAACUAGCGUUUUCAGCUCAAUCGGUAAGGCUUCUUAUAAAUACUACAUGUUGUUUCAACAUCACGUUUCCUUAGACGAGAAAGACGCUUAUUUGCAGGAUAAAAUGUGGGUUCUGGGUAAAGAACCCGGUCCAUUUAUUGGCGAACCAUCACAUUCAGUCUUUACGAGAGUCGGCCCUAACAUGGCAAUGUUGGGACUCGACUGUAGAACUGAAAGAAGUUUAAAGACUAUUGUACUCAGAAGCACUUACGAUGCGGUAUUCGAAAGACUGAUUCAAGAGGCAAAAAGCCAGAAGUUCGACCAUUUGUUGCUAAUGUUGGGGGUACCCAUUGCUUACCCAAGGAUGGUAAUGUUAGAAUGGUUAUUUACAUCUAAACUUCUAUUCCCUUUGAAAUAUCUGUCAAGAAAAGGUAUCGUUGCACCAGGUUUUGUUAACGAAUUCAACGGUGACGUCGAAUUAUUAGACGAUUUGAACGAUCAUUGGUGUGCCAGACACCAUAAGAAGGAAAGGAAUUGGUUAUUGGCAAGAUUGCAGGAUUUCGGUGCCAAAUACGGUGUUAGAAUUACAAUUUUAUCCGGUGAUGUUCACUUAGCGUCCAUGGGUAGAUUUAGAUCAAAACAACGCAGACACCGUCCAAUGGCUUCCACCGAAACUCAACAAGCUAAUGCCGUUAUCGAUGAACAACCAGAAAAUGACGAAAGAUUGAUGGUCAACGUUAUCUCAUCAGCAGUAACGAAUGCACCUCCACCGGCUGCUGUGGCCAAAGUGAUGCAAAAGAAGACACCAAUCCAUCGUUUUGAUCGCGAAACAGAUGAAGAUGCAGUUCCCAUGUUUAAUUUCGAAACUAAUGGACAAACCCCUCGUCAAUUGAAUUGUUUCCUACCACAACGAAAUUGGUCUGAUAUCGUCCCCAUACAGAACGUACUAAAUAACGAGUACAUGCAAAACUUCUACCGUUUGAAAUUGGGCGAUCGCCUGAUACCCGGUAUGGUUACUAGGGAAUUCGGACUAGAAUCUGUCAAUGAAGUCAAAUCCGAUGACUUAAAAGGCCAUCGUAAUCCACCUUAUCCUGUCACUGAGGGAGGUGUUAUGGCAACAAUUCAUGUGGAAACUGAAUCCACUAAUAUAAACUCAAAGACAACCGCUUACUCGAUGCCAAUCCCUGAGCUUCGUAUAACAAAAGACAAAAUAUCACACAGUGGGCUCAAACACUGGGGGGAAAAGUAA